CGGAACUGUCUACGGCGGGAUCACCAACAACGGAACAAAUAAUUAUAUUGCAUCAGACAAACAUGAAGAAGAACCGUCUCACGCCCACUCUGCAAAAUUACGACAUCCGGGACAAAUUCAGGAAUUGUCAAUGUAG